CUGCAGAAGUUUGUAGACGAUGUGUUUCGUAGCCAUUCUCAACACCAAGCGUCUCCUCCCAUCGCUGUUCGUUUCUUCUUUGACUUCCUGGAUGACAUGGCGGAAAAACCGGCAUCGACGACCCGAGACCGUACACAUCUGGAAGACGAACAGCCUGCCUCUGAGGUUCUGGGUCAACAUCCUGAAGAACCCUCAGUUUGUGUUUGACGUCCAGGUGACGGAUAGCGUGGACGCUGUCCUCUCUGUCAUCGCUCAGACGUUCAUCGACUCCUGCACCACCUCCGAACACAAAGUCGGACGGGACUCUCCGGUGAACAAGCUGCUCUACGCCAGAGAGAUCCCCAGAUACAAACAGCUGGUUGAGAGGUAUUAUAGUGGUAUUGUUGUCCAGAUCAUCACGUCUCUGGAGGAGGAUACCGCUGGUCAGAAGAUGCAGCUGGCCUAUCGUCUCCAGCAGGUCGCCGCCCUGGUGGAGAACAAGCAGGUCGCCGCCCUAGUGGAGAACCACAGAACGUUACAGCAGAGAACGCGAAACACUCUGAUCCACUUCCUCAUGUUUAUUUUCUUCCCGGGAUCGAGGCCCCCUCUUGAUUGUAACAUUGUGUUUCCAUGUCUGACUUUCCAGAGUUUUGGAUCAGACAUGAACAGCCUGGUGGCUCUGCUUGAGUUGUAUAAGUACAUCAACAAAUACUACGACCAGAUCAUCACGUCUCUGGAGGAGGAUACCGCUGGACAGAAGAUGCAGCUGGCCUAUCGUCUACAGCAGGUCGCCGCCCUGGUGGAGAACAAGGUCACUGACCUCUAACCUCUCACUUCUGACCCGUGACCUAUCGUCUACAGCAGGUCGCCGCCCUGGCGGAGAACCACAGAACGCGAAACACUCUGAUCCACUUCCUCAUGUUUAUUUUUCCCGGGAUCGAGGCCCCUUCUUGGUCUGCAUAUUGCCCCCCCCCCCCCCGCCCGCAGAGGGGGUGCCUCAGAGCGAAACAUCUCACUGGAAAAAUUUAUUCUGGUAGCGG